AUGCUCGACUCGCUAGACCCAAAAUGGGACCCAAGGAAACCACAGCCAGAGGACUAUGAACACAGAAUGAUACCACAGACAGAGAUAGCAGACGGAGUAGAAACGACUGACAUAGACCAGAGAAUCACCACAACAGGCACCGUCGCAGACAUCUUCCGCAUAUUCACAAACGAAGAACGGAAUCCGAGCAAAACAGCACCAAACCGGGAACCCGCAGAAGACCCCGAAAGCGAAACGAUAGAACUGGAGGUCUAUACGGAUGGCUCAGCAACGAAUAAUGGACGUAUAGGAACAAAGGCAGGCUCAGGGAUCUUCUUCGGAGACAACGAGGACGGCAACAAGGCAAUCCGAAUACCGGAAGAACUAAACCCCUCCAACCAAGUCGCCGAGAUGCUGGCAAUAAAAGAGACAGUCGAACUAUGCCCGCCUGGUGCACCCCUACACAUCAAGUCAGACUCGAUGUUCUGUAUCAACGGGCUCACGAAAAGCCUAAAGAAAGAAGAAGACACAGGGUUCUUCCUUGCCGCGAACGGAGACCUUGCGAAACUAACAAUAACAAAGAUCAGAAAUAGAAGAGCAAGAACAAAACUUACAUGGGUCAAAGGCCACUCAGGAAUCCACGGGAACGAAGCAGCAGACAGACUGGCUGACACCGGGCGACAAAAAGAAAGCAUGGACAUUAUCGACACAUGCGUAGACGAAUCGCUGAUCCUACCCGGCGCAAAACUAAAAGCAAUGACACAAUCGAUAGCAUACAAAAUCAUCAGAAAGAACAAGAUGAAAACAGAGAAGUAUCAAGACGCACUGGAUCGGAAAGCUACAAAACGAAACAUAGAGAUUGCCCAAAACGAGACCAGCGUUGAGGAACCAGAGCCGAAGGGAGCAGCAACAGAAGCCCAGAUAUGGACGGCCACCAGGCAUAAGGACUUCUCGAGAAGCGUAAGAUACUUUCUAUGGAUGCUAAUCCAUGAUGGAUAUAAGGUCGGAAAGCACUGGGAAAAGAUCCCUGGUCACAAUGAAAAGGCGCACUGCAGUCACUGUGGAGAAGACUCACUAGAAACCAUGGAACACAUACUCCUGAAAUGCCAAGCAACGGGCCAAGAAGAGAUAUGGAAACUGGCGAGUAAACUGUGGACCAUGAGAACGGGAUCCACGCUAGAGCCAAACAUGGGGAUGAUAAUGGCCUGCGGGGCCAUACAGCAAAAAGACGCAAGCCUAUCCAGACUAUUCCGCAUUAUCGUCUCUGAAUCGGCACACAUGAUAUGGAGGAUCCGAUGUGAACGCGUCAUCCAAGAGAAAGGAAACGCAUCGGUCCCAGAAGUCGAAAACCGAUGGAGAAGGGCGAUAAACACCAGACUGCUCAUCGAUUGUAAGAUGACCAACGAAAAAAGAUACGGAAAGAAAGCAAUCAAACCCUCUCUGGUGAAAAAGACAUGGGCCAAGACCCUAAAAAACGAGGUGAACCUCCCUGAAGACUGGACCAAGGAAGACGGGGUUUUAGUGGGUAUCGGAUAG